AUGUCGGGACUGCAGAAGACCUUCUCCAUUUUGAAGAAUUCUGUUCGAGCUUUCCCUGUCCUCUUUACUGAUCAUAUCCCAGUUCUUCUGAACAUGUACUGCAGCUCCAUUUAUGUAAUUCAGAGGACAGUAGAGGAUAUAGUCAACUUGGAACAGCCUAAAGGGAAACAUGCAAGCAGGGACAUCCAUGCUUGGACUGCCAGUUUCCAGAACACAACAGUUCUGGAGUCUCUGGGUGAAACAAACUGGGAGACCAAUUGGACAAAUGAAUCCAAAGAUGCUGCAGGCUUCUUCGAUUAUCAGCAUGUCCAGGUUCCCUUUGAGAUUACGUUGUGGAUCUUGUUGGCUUCCUUGGCCAAAAUAGGUUUCCAUUUGUUUGAAAAGCUACCAUCCGUUGUCCCUGAAAGCUGCCUACUGAUCGUGGUUGGCCUUAUCAUGGGAGGCAUAAUCUUUGGCUUGAAUGACAAGUCGCCUCCCGUUAUGGACAGUGAUAUCUUCUUCUUCUAUCUCCUGCCCCCCAUUGUCCUGGAUGCAGGCUAUUUCAUGCCAAGCCGCCCUUUUUUUGGGAACAUUGGAACCAUCCUCUUGUAUGCUGUGGUAGGCACAAUCUGGAACGUCUUUGGCAUCGGAUUUUCUCUUUACCUGAUAUGUCAAGCAGAUGCCUUCCAGCUGGGGGAUAUCUCCUUGCUUCAUAACCUCUUAUUCAGUAGCUUGAUUGCUGCUGUUGAUCCAGUAGCUGUUCUUUCAGUCUUUGAGGAAAUCCAUGUCAAUCAAAAGCUUCACAUUUUGGUAUUUGGGGAAUCUCUGCUCAACGAUGCUGUGAGUGUUGUGCUUUACAGGCUGUUCCGCUCCUUCUGUGAAAUGCCAACCAUCAGAACUGUAGACGUGUUUGUGGGCAUUGGGAAGUUUUUUGUAGUUGGCAUCGGUGGGCUUUUGGUAGGCCUUCUCUACGCUGUGACUGCAGCCUUCACCACUCGCUUUACCAAAAAUAUCUUGGUGAUUGAACCUCUUUUCGUCUUCCUCUACAGCUACUUAUCCUAUCUCACUGCAGAAAUGUUCCAUCUCUCUGGCAUUGUGGCAAUCAUAUCUUGUGCCUUGGGCAUGAAGCGUUAUGUGGAAGCUAACAUCUCCCUCAAGUCCCACACAACGAUUAAAUACUUCAUGAAGAUGUGGAGCAGUGUGAGUGACACCCUCAUCUUCAUCUUUCUUGGUGUCUCCACUGUUGGGGACAAUCACGAGUGGAAUUGGCCCUACAUUUUCUUCACCCUCAUUUUCUGUCUCCUUUGGAGAGCACUGGGUGGUGCCCAGUUCAAGUUUAAGAUCUGCAUUCAAAUCUGCUCCCUACUUCUCCAUCACUUGUAUCUUUCCAGCCUUGUGAUUUAUCUGAUGAUUGAACCAACAUUUGAAUUGGAUCUACCCAUUCCUCCUUCUGUUUUUUCUCUUAUGUUGCAGGGGAUGACCAUCCGUCCUCUUGUGGACUGGCUGCAUGUCACUCGAAAACAAGAAAGUGCCCCCACCGUGGGAGAACAAAUUCAUAUCCGGUUCCUGGAUCAUUUGUUGGCUGGGAUUGAAGAUAUAUCGGGACACUGGGGACAGUAUUAUUGGAAAGACAAAUUAGAGUAUUUCAACAGCAAACACUUGCAGAAAUAUUUGCUCCGGGAAUAUAAGCAACCCAAAUCAAGUAUUGUCCUGUUGCACGAGAAACUGGAGAGGAAGCGUGCGAUUGAGUUAGCUGAAGCAGGUCAGCUCUCCUGGAGACCAUCUCAAAAAGCAUUGCUCAAAAAGGACAAUCCUGUUACCAUAAGUGUUGACACCGAGAGUCUCAGUCAAGACGAGAUGAAUGAAAUCCAGAAGAUAUUGGAGAAGAACUUGUACAAAACAAGGAGGAUG